CUAGCACCAACGGCCCUCAAUUCGCUGCAAAAGCGCUGAGCGUGCUGCUGGUAGCACAACGAUAUUCAUAUAUAGCCCUUCGCGCGCACCAGCGAGAAACGUGCGAAAAAGGUGCCGGAUUGACAACAACAGCCCCUCAGGAGGCAUAUAGCGCAGCCGCCGCGCAGCCGCAGCGAUGCCGUCGCGCGCGCACGCGUGGACGCUGCGCUACCUACGGCUCUGCGGCGUCGCGCUACCCUUAUUGCUCGUGCUGCACGCGACGCGCGGGCCUACCGUGCGCGAGCCGGCCGUCUCGCCCACAGCUGAUGAUGCCCUCCACGCCGUCGACGCGACGCCUGCUCGAUGGCGUGGGUUCGCGCGGCGCGGCCGCCAACUGCUGCGCGCGCGCGACAUCUUCGGCAAGAAGGAGACGGAGCGGCGGCCGCGAUCGAGACGAAGCGAAUCGAGACAUCUGCCGGCCUUCGAGACGGAGCGGCGCGGCAGUACCGUGGUUCGAGCCGACGCGACGCCGGAGAACUUGCGGUUGCUCUACGCCAUCAUGGCGUAUGAUCGCAAGCAGCACAUCCACCUGCUGACGAUGCUCCACUCGGCCGUGAGCAUGUGCGAGGGUGGGUUGAGGGUUACUAUACUGCUGUAUACGGCUGAUAGCAACCCCUACACGCCCAAAGAACGCGAGGAACUCCAAGCGCUAUGUGAUUCGUGUACGGGAAGAACAGGCGGUACCCUCGCGCUAGAAAACAUCGCCGUGGACGCCCAACUCAAGUUCGACGCGACGAUGCAACAUAGGAAGGAAUUUUUGAGAAGGAUCGAUGAAUACGAUUUAUUUGUCUACAGCGAGGACGACGUCCAUAUCGAGUUGAGGCACAUCGCGGCCUAUGUGGAAGCGUCAUCUCACCUAGCUAGAUCAGAAGACGGCCACAAGUACGUGCUGGGCUGGCAGCGGCUGGAGAGAAAUGGCAUUGGAUUGGGAGCCGAACACGUCAUGUGGGAGAACGGUGUAGAUAAUUAUCACGGCGUCGAGGUCGGUGGUCGGUUGUACGCGACGAUGGUCAAUCCUCAUGCGGGCGCGUGGAUGGCUACACGUGCGGAACUAAAAGCUCAUCACAAGCAGUGUCGGAUACUCCACAUCCCGAAGACCGCGGGAUCCUUUACGAGAGUACGAGCGGGAGGUUGGAAUUUGUACAUGAACUGUGGUCGACGUAAAGUGUUACCGGUUCGUAAUUUCCAGAACUUUUUGGUGCACCAUUUACCGGACAAGAACUGGUGGCAGCGGAGCGAAUGCGCCGUCGCCGUUCCCGACCUGUUGGCGCAUUUCCGAGGAUGGAACGAGAGAUAUGCGAGGGGCGAUCGGUCCAUGGUCUGUGGAAGAUGGUGGAUCCCAGGCGAUUUUUGUAGAGAUGAGUUGCAGGUGGUCCCCGCGGGUGAGCGCAAGAAGCGUUUUGGCAUCAAGGGCUCGUGCACGGUCUGGCGCAACCGAACGUCGGGCGAGGAGACAAUUACAUUACCAAAUGAAAAGAUGAAGCGGCUCGCGGCGAUCGUACAAGCAAGAGAGGACGCCGGGUCACGCGCGGCGAAAAAUCUUAGAGUCGUGGCGUCUUCCGGCGGCGACGGGCGGUCGAUUAGUUCGAGGCGGUUCCGCGGGAGCAUGCUUCGUCAUGGUGGGUAAGUUAUAGUAUGUGUGA